AUUCUAACGUGAAACGCGAGAGGGAGGAAGGUCAAGAGUUAAACAUGGCGGCCCGCAGCUUGCUAAGGUCUAUUUGGACCUCGUUUGCAGGCUUAAAACAUGGUCUUAUAAUGUCCAGCGUGAGUCCACUACCAAGGGUCAAUGUUCCUCAGAUAUCUGCUAUAGCCGUCCAGACCAGAGGGAUUCGUCAAGUGGUGGAGAAAAAAGAUGGCAAAACCACAACCAUUGAGGGAGAGAUUAUAGAUAUGCCUGCAGGACCACAGCCUCCAAAUCCAACAGCCAAGUGUCCUAUCUACAGAUGGAACCUGCAGCACAAGUACAGCUACACUGACGUUCUUUUGCUCAGCCAGUUCAUCAGGUCAGAUGGAGGGAUGCUGCCAAAGCGAAUAACUGGUCUUUGUCCAGAGGAGCAUCGCAAGAUUGCCAUCUGUGUGCAGAUGGCACACAGAGCUGGUCUGCUCCCUGACCACAGACCCAGACUUCCAGAGGGUCAUGUCCCAAAGAGGACCAAGCCCCAAUUGAACAGAUACUUGACUCGCUGGUCAAUUACCUCGGUGAAACCCAUCUAUAAAAAGGGACUGAAGUGGUGCAAGAAGCGCAUGGAUGUUGGUCACCCGGCACUGAGGAACAACGUGCGGUACGGUGUGAAGCCGCUUUAUAUAAAGCACUGAAGGACAUGUCCAUACAGCAGCUGGAGGAUGGAUCUUCAUAUUACCCUGGAUUUAUGUCAUAAAGGCGUGGCUGAAGACUGAAGACUGACUUUUGUUUAUUCAUCUGCAUCAGACCUUUAUUGAGUCAUAUCCAGCCCCACCCUGAACCAUCUUAUCUAACUAUCAAAACAUUCUACAACAACUUCAUGUCACCAACCACUGGGGUCCGUGUUACACUUUCAAAGUAGGUGGUAUGUUGACUGUGCAAACUUGACACAAAACAGAUGUUUAAAUAAAAUGUCAAUGUUUACUCUC